CUGGGAGCCAUGGUGACUUGGAACAAUGAAGUAUUCUUGGAUUAGAGUCCCCAUCCAGGGGGAGUCCUCUGAAUACAUGCAGGGGAAAUGGAAGCAGCAGUGAUUUAAGCUUCUGGAGAUAUCUCAGCAAACUGACCUGGCCUCCAUGGCAGCUCAAGUUCCAAGCCCCAACUCACCCCUCCGACCAGAGGACCUCCUGACUGAUGCAGCAGGCCCCCCUGGGCGGAGCCAAGGGACCUUCUCAGAGGUGACCUCGCAGCUUUAUGCUUCCUUGCGGCAAAGCCGAAAGGCAGAGGCCACUGCCAGGGCCAAUCUAUACCUGGCCUCCAACUCUCCAACCCCUCCUGAGGAGCUUGAGGGCCUAGCCCAAGAGCUGAGCCGAAGCCUGUCAACUGGGGUGGAGACCAGCUCACAGAGAAAGGGAGGCUCUCAGCAUAUCUUGGAGAUGGAAAGUGUACGUGGUCACCUCCAAAGCAUGCUCCAAGCUUCUCGGGACACAGCUCCUCCCCUUCGGUUCCUCUGGCUGCUUGCAGGGGAUAACCUUGUUCCAGGUACUGUCCCAGAGAGGCGAGAAGAGGACUCUUUUGACAGUGACAGCACAGCUACCCUGCUGAACACUCGACCCCUCCAAGAGCUGUCUCCACCUAGCUCAGCUCCAGCCCUGGAGGAGUUGUUCCCUCGAUAUACUAGUAUCCGCCCUGGGACCCCUCACUAUUUUCCUGAUCUGCAGGGACUGAGAGAAGCCUUGGACACAGAACAUACCCGCCGCAGACACUGUGAGCGCCACAUCCAGAAUCUACAGACCCGUGUGUUAGAACUGCAACAGCGGUUAGCUGUUGCUGUGUCUGCAGACCGAAAGAAAGAUCUUAUGAUUGAGCAGCUGGACAAGACCUUGGCUCGAGUGGUGGAGGGCUGGAACCAACAUGAGGCUGAGAGGACAGAAGUGCUUCGGGGGCUGCAAGAGGAGCAAAAGACUGCUGAGCUUACUCGAAGCCAACAACAAGAGACUAUAGCUCACCUAGAAGAGAGUCUAAAGCAGACCAUGGAAGCCCUGAGUCGGGAGCAGGAAGAGGCCAACCAGCAACAACAGGAGCAAGAGACACUGAAGGAAGCUCGACAAGCUUUAGCUCGGAGCUUAGAGCGGGAACAGCAUCGGUGUCGGACUCUACAGGAGGAACGGGAUGAGGCACGGACAGAACAGCUGAAUCAGCAUAGAGAGCUGGAAGCACUCCAAGCUACCUUGGAUGAAAAGCACCAGGCUUGGACCCAGCGUGAACGCCAUCUGGAAGAUCGCUGUAAGAGUCUACAAGAGGAGGGCCGGAUCCAACUGGAGAGGGAGCAGGCAAACUCUCAGCGGGAAAUUCAAGCAGCCCGGGAGGCUCAGCAGCUCCUGGCCUCUGUUCAGUCUGAUGUUCGGAGGUUAGAAGAGGAAUUGGACACAGCACGGCGAGAAAGAGAUGCUCUACAGUUGGAAACCAGCCUAGUUCAGGCCCGGUUUGAAGCCCAGCGAGUACAGAUGGAGUCAGAGCUUGCUAUUUUGCUAGAGCAGAGAGUGACUGAUCGACUGGCCCAAGUGCAGGAGAGUAGCCUUCGUCAAGUGAGCAGUCUUCGGGAACAACACAGGAAACAGUUACAGGACUUGACUGAGCAGCAUCAGCAGGAACUGUCUAAUCAAUUAGAUCAGUUCCAAGUGGAAUUGUCAGAGCGGGAUGAUCGACAUCAGCAGGUGUCUCAAGACUAUGAGCUCAGAUUGGCUCGUGAGCAGGCCCGAGUACGGGAGUUACGGAUGACGCACCGACAACUGGAAGAGCAGCGGGUAGAGCUGGUGGAAAGAUUCCAGGCCAUGCUUCGGGCUCACUGGGAUGAGGCACACCAGCUGCUCAGCUCCACAACAUCUUCUCAGGUCCCCCCACCUGGUACUCCCAGUUCUUUGGUCUCUGGUCCUAGAGAUCCAGAGAAAGAGAGGAGAGCUUGGAGUAUGCCCCCUGCAGCAGUGGCCCUGAAGCCAGUAUUGCAGCAGAGCCGGGAGCCAAGGGAGGAGCUGCCUGGAAGCCUCACCCACCCUUGUACACCCUCACCUGAUCUCAGUCUUCUGCUAGGCCCUAAUUUCCAGAGCCAGCACAGCUUUCAGCCUUUGGAACCCAAAGCUGAUCUUACUCCCCCCUCAGUAGCUGGGAGCUUUCCUCCUGAGCACAGAGCAGAACGACCUUUCCCUGAGGCUCUUGGGGCUAGGGGAGAAGGGUCCCUGGAACCAGGCUUAGACCCUCCACAACUAGAAGAGCUGAAGCACUAUCUGCACCAGACUAUGCUCCUCCCAGCAACCAAGGAGCCCAACCCCUCAUCUCUUCUAGGGUCCUCUGCCACUUUCUCUCCACAGUUCUUGGAACCAAUGCCCCAGAGCUGUGUGAGUUCCACCAUGGAUCUGCUUCCCCCUAAACCUGGUCCCCUGAUGGUCCCGCCCUGGGAGGAAGCCCCUCCACUACCACAGCCCCCACCUCCUGUCCACAAAACAAAAGUGCCACUGGCCAAGGCAUCCUGUCUUUUCCGGGUACCUGAACCCCCUCCAACUUCUCCACAAAGCUACAGCCACGGAGGUUGCUCCCCAGAGAGAGGUGGGGAGAGGAGACCAAUAUCCCCCCGGCAGCUGACAGAACUAUCCCGGCUACUUCGACAGUACCAGGGCCGAGGCAAUGGGAUCUCAUCAACUGAGGAUCUUCUGCUGUACCUAAGAGGGUCAGAGAAUAGCAGGCCUCAUCCCGACGCUCUACUAGUACUCAUAAGGCUGAGAAACCAGUGGGCAGGAAGAAAAGUGGCCAUUCUGCACCAGGCAGCGCCAGAAGUCGAGGUGGAAUCUGGAGAUAGCCCCUGUAUUCUACUCCCUACCCCUUACCUUACCCUUUUUAAAAACGAUUUUUUUUUUAUUAAAUUAAAUCUGGUUGUUUAUAUCUGAAUCUUUGCGGAAUUGGGGAAAUGGGUAGAUGAUGUGUACUCUGUGAAAAGGACUACACUGAUGUAAGAGAAUAGUCUCUGUCACUGUUAGGUUGAGACCUUGUUCAGAUCUGUUGCAACAAAAUGAGAUUUGCAAAUCCAACCUUGGUUAACCCUGAUUAAGUCACUUCAUCUCAUUUGCCUCAGUUACUUCAUCUGUAAAAUGAGCUAGAGAAGGAAAUGAUAAACUACUCCAGUAUCUGGCAAGAAAACCUCAAAUGGGGUCACAAAGAGUUGGAUGUUACUGAAAAGUAACUGACAAUAUAUAUUAUGCAUAGAUCUUCUAGUGGUUAAUCUCCAAGCUCAUGAUUUAAAGCUACAAGGAAAGGAAAAGACAAAAGGUGAAGGGAAGGGGUCCAGAAACUUUAACAAGUACUAAUUAAGCAAAACUUAAUCCCAGGCAUUGCUUAGACACAAGAGGAGACAAAAAAAGUUUGCGUAUAAACUGGUUUCCCAUAAACCCGUCAGAGGGCCAGAUUGGCUCUCAUUAUUUCAGUGCUUCAAGGUCUAAUCUCUGUAUCCUAGGAGUCUCUAAGUUGUGGCAGGGAAAAAACAACUUUCUGGAUUCAGAUGUCUUUCCUAUCUCAACUGGGAUUCCUUUCAGUUUGAAGCAAGUCCACAAGGUUUCCUUCACUGAAAAUGUCACUUUAAUGACAUGCACCUGUAUACAGAGGGACCCAGAGGGCAUCCACAAUUGUUAAAUUACUGUAAGAGAAGUGUUUUUUCUUAGUGUAUGCAUUUCCCACCAACAUACACCUUAACCAAGACUGAGAAUUUAAGGUUUAAGUUCCUUUUUUGAAAAUCUGAAAUUUUUUAAAUUAAAAAAUUUUUCAGAUUAUAUAUCAAUACAAUUUUGAAUAAUCAUUUAAUGACAUUUUGUAAUUCAUAUUCUCCCCCUCCCACCCUUCUCUUUCCUCAAGAAGCCAGGUAAUAUGAUUUAGGUUGUACACAUACUACCAUAAAAUACAUAAUUCCAUGUUCCUUUUGUGAAAGAAGAUACAUAUCACCCUAGAGAAAAAUUCAUGGAGGAAAUAAAGUGAAGAAUGGCAUGCUUCCUUCUAUAGCAGUAGAUAGCCUUUUUCAUCAUGAGUCCCUUGGAGUUGUUUGUCUUGGAUCCUUGGGUUGUUGAUAGUAAAGUCAUUCAAAGACGAU